CCUCCAUAUGCUGUGGGUGCGGCCCUAAAAAAAGAAAAGAAAAGAAAGAAAGAAAAAAUAAACAAAACCCGAGUCUGGUCUUGCACCAGUCCUGGGACCCCAAACUUGCACUGGAAGUGGUGAAGGGUCCCCAGUUCUGCCCACUUCUCUCUCUGUGAACACCAGCUGCUGUGGAAGCCUCUUGGGCCACGCAGAGGGGACAUGGGCUCAACCAAGAAGGUCUCCUCUAAGCUGCUCCCCGACCCCAAAACUAGCCCGCAAGCACCCCUCCAGCCAGGAAGCUGGGCCCAAAGCCAGCAGAUCAGCAGGCUUGGGGCCCCCCCAGAAAGGAAAGAAAGCACACCGGGGCUGGAAAAGCUGGCGGUCAUCUCCUCCACGGUCUGCGGUCUGCCACAGCCCGGGAAGUCUGGCAGGGCAGCCGGCCCUGGACCCCUCCUUGCCCGGACAUCUGCUUGCCCGGAUCAGGGCUCCGCCCACGCGCCUCCCCGAGGGGUCGCCCCGCCCCUACCGGCCUGGGGGAGGGGCUGGCCUCCUGGUUGCCAAGCAACCUCGUCAACAAGCCCCAGAGAGCCGGGGCUGAGUUGGAGGCUCAGAGGGGAAAAGAAGGCGAGAAGGCAGAAAGCAGUAUGGAGCCCAGGAUGCAGCCGCCCGCCAAGGAGGCCGGGCGCAGGGGCCCCGGGGAGCGAGCUGGAGAGGGGCGCGCCAAGGGACCGCCGGCGGCGGCGGCGGCGGCGGCGGCGGCGGCGGCGCCCCUCAAGCCCGGCUGGGUCCUCACGCUGGAGGGGCUGGCGGCCUUGAGCCCCGCGCAGCGCCACAGCCACCUGCUCUUCGGAGACCUGCUGGAGGACGUGGGCGCGGCCGCCUCCGUCUUCCCGAGAGAGUCAGCGGAGCCGGGGUACCGCAUGCCUGACCCGCGCGCGUGGACGCAGCCACUCGAGCCGCCGGGGCAGCGCCAGGACCGGCUCCUCGGCAUCCUCAAGGCGGCCGAGGCCCGCGGCCGGGUCCGCGCCCUCCGGCUGCGCUACGCCCGCAUGCGGGCGGAGGAGAUCUCGCUCCUCAUCCUGCGGCAGAAGUCCGCGCGCGCCGCCAUCCGGCUGGAGACGUUCCUGCCGCCGCAGCUGAAGCCCACCCGGAUCCCGGACCCCCUGGACCGUCAAGAGGUGCCUGCGAGCCCGGGGUGGGGGGGGGACGGGGAGGGGUCCCGCCCCGCACAGCCGGCCCCAGCCCCUCUUCCCCUGCAGCGGAGGCGGGUGGAGACCAUCCUGGAGGAGAAAGUCGACGGCAGCACCUUCCCGCGUUGACUGCGACCCCUAUAGGUGCACGACCGCGCCGCACCGGCUACAUAAAGGUCUCACCUUCCAAA